GGAGGCGGACAGACAGCUCGCUGCUUGUGGCAAGCGCAAGUCCAAAUCCUACCAGCUACCUCCCUCCAAAGAGAGAGGGGAGAGACCAGAGCAGCUCGGUGCGGCUUGUUCCUUCGGACGGCAAGAAUUAGAUGUUUCCUUUCGCCCCUUAUUUUCCCUCUGGGGGGCAUGGGCGAGUGCACCCCGCGGUCAAAACACCCCCGCAGCUGUGCCGAGGCCCCGCGCUGACGGUUUGACCUCCUCAGGGUUGACGUUUCGAAAAUAUCCUCUCGGUGUGUCCGAAUCCCCCCCCCCGAGGGUGUCAGCGCCGCCUGGCACCGACCUGACCUGACCUGACCUGAAUCAUCGUCUCCCCUUUCCAUGUCGCCAUGGCGUCCGUGGGCGCAGAGAAAAGCUCCAUCAAGAAGAAAAGUGAGAAGAAAUUCGCAGCCCGGGAGGAGGCCAAGCUCCUGGCAACUUUCAUGGGGGUCAUGAACAACAUGCGAAAGCAGAAGCUUUUGUGUGAUGUCCUUCUGGUGGUAUCGGAUCGAAAAAUUCCAGCACAUCGAGUAGUGCUUGCAGCUGCCAGCCACUUUUUCAAUCUAAUGUUUACCACAAAUAUGCUUGAAUCAAAAUCUUAUGAAGUGGAACUCAAAGAUGCUGAACCUGACAUAAUUGAACUGUUGGUCGAGUUUGCAUAUACUGCAAGGAUCUCUGUUAACAGCAAUAAUGUUCAAUCUCUCUUGGAUGCAGCAAACCAGUAUCAGAUUGAACCAGUGAAGAAAAUGUGUGUUGAAUUCCUCAAAGAGCAAAUUGAUGCUUCAAAUUGUCUUGGAAUAAGUGUGUUGGCAGAAUGCCUUGACUGUCCAGAGCUCAAGACUUCAGCAGAUGCAUUCAUUCAUCAGCAUUUCACUGAAGUUUACAAAACUGAUGAAUUUUUACAACUUGAUGUUAAAAGAGUAACUCAUCUGCUGAAACAAGAUGCACUGACAGUUAGAGCAGAAGACCAGGUUUAUGAUGCAGCAGUCAGGUGGUUAAAAUAUGAUGAACUCAAUCGGCAGCAGUACAUGGUUGAUAUUCUGGCUAAAGUCAGGUUUCCAUUAAUCUCUAAGAAUUUCUUGAGUAAAACUGUCCAAGCAGAAUCACUCAUACAGGAUAAUCCAGAGUGUCUUAAAAUGGUUAUUAGUGGUAUGCGCUAUCAUCUUCUGUCUCCAGAGGACAGAGAAGAGUUGGGAGAAAGUACACGACCACGACAAAAGAAACAUGAUUAUCGUAUCGCAUUGUUCGGUGGAUCUCAGCCACAAUCCUGUCGAUACUUUAAUCCUAAGGAUUAUACUUGGAUGGAUAUUCGUUGUCCAUUUGAGAAACGUCGAGAUGCAGCGUGUGUCUUCUGGGACAAUGUUGUGUACAUAUUAGGUGGUUCCCAGCUUUUCCCCAUCAAACGGAUGGACUGCUACAAUGUGGUUAAGGAUAGCUGGUAUUCUAAGCUUGGUCCUCCAACACCUCGAGAUAGUCUUGCAGCAUGUGCUGCAGAAGGCAAGAUUUACACAUCUGGUGGCUCUGAAGUAGGAAACUCUGCCUUGUAUCUGUUUGAGUGCUAUGAUACCAGAACAGAAAAUUGGCAUACCAAACCCAGUAUGUUGACACCCCGGUGCAGCCAUGGUAUGGUGGAGGCUAAAGGACUCAUCUACGUUUGUGGGGGAAGUUUAGGCAACAAUGUAUCUGGAAGAGUUCUAAAUUCCUGUGAAGUAUACAAUCCAGCAACUGAAUCGUGGACAGAACUUGCUGCUAUGCUGGAGGCUAGGAAGAACCAUGGAUUAGUUUUUGUAAAUGAUAGAAUCUAUGCUGUUGGAGGACAAAACGGACUCGGUGGUCUGGAUUCCAUAGAAUAUUAUGAUAUUAAAAUGAAUGAUUGGAAAAUGGUGUCAACAAUGCCCUGGAAAGGUGUAACAGUUAAAUGUGCGGCAGUAGGCCCCACAAUCUAUGUCUUGGCUGGUUUCCAAGGUGUAGGCCGCUUGGGUCACAUUUUGGAGUAUAACACUGAGACUGACAAAUGGACAACUAAUUCUAAGGUCCGUGCUUUCCCUGUAACCAGUUGUCUUAUCUGUGUUGUGGACACUUGCGGUGCAAAUGAAGAAAAAGUUGAAACUUGAAGUAAUUGAAGCUGCAGAAUAAUGUAUGUUCUGUCCAUUUUGUGCUGACUUAAACUGGUAUUUCAAGAGCUUUCUAACUCCAAAGCCCUUUGAGAUGUCUUGGAGAUGAUGAUAUUUGGAAUUAUUUUGACAGUUAUUUAAAAAAAAGGCUGCAUUACCGAAUUUUUGUUUCAGAAAUUGUUGGGAGUAUUUGGAUAUUUCUGGGACUUGCUAUAGAAAGAAAUUUUGUAUCUUAUUUUUAAUUUUAACAAAUGUAGAAAUUACUGUUGUCGGUAUGAUUAAAGAAAUAAGGUGUUUUUCAGACAUCAAAUCAUAGAAUGUAACAGCACAGGAACAGGCCAUUUAGCCUAUCAAGUCUGCAAGAGUGCUUUUCUCCAUACAAGUCACCAAGCUAAUCUGUAGCAGUUCAUUUCCAUUUACUACUUUUUGUUUUAGCAAAUUAUCAUCUUCCUUUUGCACAGCAUUUAUAGAAAAUGUUUCAAUAACAUUCUUCAGGACACUAUUCAAAAGUAGCUAUGAACUUAUUUAAAUGGGUUAACAUCUCUGCUAAAAUGGCACAAAGGAAUGGUAUAUAAGACAGUCGUACUAGAAACUGGAAACAAUAAAAGUGAUAAAAUGCAGAUGCACGAGGUUUGAAAUUAAAACAAAUGCUACAUAAACUCAGCAGCAUCUGUGGUGAGAGAAUCAACGUUAAUGUUUUGAAUCCAAUGAUUCCUCUUCUGAACUGGAAGAAUCUCUCCACAGAUCCUGUCAGACCUGCUGAGUAUCUCCAGCACAUUAUUGUUGCCAAUUAGAAAAACAAUUUUAAUGUUAUAGUCUCCUCUAGAUAAACGAGGAUUUUCUAUUGACAUUUUGAAAAAAACUGUUCAAAAUGUGCAUAUUGAAUGUUGACAGUUAUUUUGUAUGGUGAGAAUGUACAUUGUAACCAGACUGUACAAGUGUUAAUUUUAGUUAUGUACUGAAAAGGAGAACGUGGCGCUCUCAUAUAGAAAAAGUAUAUAGAGAGCUGUGUACCAAAUCUGUACAUGAUUGUUGUCACAUAUAUUGAGAUACAGUUAAAAAUGUUGUUUUGGGAGGUACCUUGAAAAGUCUGAUAACAGUGGGGAAGAAACUAUUCUCAAAUCUCUUUGUAUGUAUUCAAACGUUUACAUCAUCUGCCCAACAGAAGAGGGUGGAAGAGACUAUAACUGGGGUGGGAGGGGUCUUUGAGUAUGUUGGCUGCUUUCCCGAGGCAGUGGGAAGUAUAGAUUGAGUCAAUGGAUGGAAGGCUAGUUUGCAUGAUGGGCUGUGUUCACAACUCUGUAGUUUCUUGUGGUCUUGGGAAGAGCAGUUGUCAUACCAUGCUGUGAUGCUUCUAGAUAGGAUAUGAUAAAUAUUGAAGCUAUCUAAGUGUCAUAUCCACAAUUGGCAUAAUUUUGAUUGUGUGAAAGGUGAGGAUCUAAGUUGAAUUUAUAAUCUUUAAUAUUUUUUCAAUUUGUAUUAAUUUUCGUAAAUCCUAGAAGAGACUGUCAUACAGUCCUGUGAUGUUGUAUUCAGUUGUCUUUUGUAGCACUGUCAUUCCUACCAUUCUCAUUCAAUGUACUUAAUGCAUUAUGGUUCAUUUACAUGGUUUACAUUUGUCUGCUUAACUGAAAAGUAGUAGUAAUUCAUUGCCCAUUCCAUGAGAUUUGGUUUCAAAAUCCAGUGAAAAGUCAUGAAAGUCCCCUCUUUAUCUGCCACAAAUAUUAACUGACCUGAGCUUGGGUGAUUUUUGAAUCCCAAACUUUGUGUACAAUUUUAAGAUGUAUAGAGGCAUUCAGUCUGUACAUCAACCUAAAAUGCUUAUUUAAUUGAGAUAGCAAAAUUUUCAUUUUCACUGCAUUAUCUUUAUUGAAUCCCAAUGGCAUUUUUAGAAAGUCUGUCAUUUAAGUGUAACUAAGUUGCAUUACUUAAUAUUUUUAAUUUAAGAAACUCACUAAUACUGAUAUUCUGCCAUUAUAAUUCACUAAAUACAUUUUUCAGCCUUUAAAACUGAAUUGAAUAAUAUUUCUGCAGCCUCAGUAUGGAUGCUUGUUUGUGUAUGGGUAUCCCAUAGCCUAAUCCCCACCAGUAGCGAGUGGACUAGUGCCUUUCAAUCUAACCUGGCCUCAGACCUCAUCUGAAAUAUAUUAUAAAGUUUUGGGCACAGACUCUCAGGAAAUAUAAAUUGGCUUUGGAGUGGGUACAGCACAGAUUCGCCAGAAUAUUAGAGUUGAAAUGGUUAAUUUAUUAAGAUAGAUUGAUCUAAGUUUGUUUUAAAAUGAUAGUGGGAAAUUGCAGAACAAAGGUGCUUUUAAAUUAGUGAUUUAUUUAAGAGAUUAAAUCAGAAAGCAGUUUUCUACACAAGUAGUAGAAAUUUAAAUUAUUAUUCUCCCAAGAUAUUGGGCAUGCUGUAUAAAUUAAAUAUCUCAAGAAUAUCAAUAAAAUUUUACUAGGCAGAUGUUUAAGGACUGGAACAACGACAAGAAAAUGGAAUUGAGGUAUAGAUCAGACAUGAUGUAAUAGAAUGGUAAACUAGCAUCAAGUGGCUGAAUGGCAUUAAUAGAGUACUCUUCUGCUGAAUGAGACUUUUUUUAAACAGAAUUAUUCUCUGAUUUUUCUUGAUGUUAGUAAAAUGCGUUUUUAGUAUGUAAGAACUGUUUAAACUAACAUCUUGUAUUUCAGUGCCAAGCAUAUCUUGCCCUAUUUACACCACCAAGUACUUAGAUCCUAAGUUAUCUUUUAGUUUCAGCACUUGAAGAAGAACAAGCAAUGGAAAGUAAAUGCCAAUUCCUAAAGCUAUUUAGGAAUAAUAGCAAUAUACUUAGUCUCAAAUGAUUAGGGAGAUUAUUCCUUAGGAGAUGUUAGUAUUUAUAAUUCCAUUUUUCUCCCUUUCAAGUCUUCUCUCGCAUAUAGUUAUGUGAACUAUGGCAUUCAAUACCAACACUGUACAACAUUAGCUCAAUUUAAAUGGUUUAAAGAUAUUCAGUAUGUGAAAAUCAGAAAUAUACACUUAUACAAAAGCAAUGCUUUACAGAAUCUGGAUGUAAUAGUAAUAAAGCUAGAAUGCAGCAGGACAGACAGCAUGUUUUGGAGAGAGGUUAUUUCUCAUCAGUCCUUCAAAUAUUUUCUCUUAAAUUUACUUCUUUGGUCUCAUGUUCAGCUAAUUAGCUGUUGUCAAGCAGAUUCAGUUCUCUCUGAAAUGUGAAUUGAUUUUCUGUCUCAUUUAACCAGUUUAUGGGGGAAAAAAAAUCAGGUGAGUUCCUGAUGAUGAGGAAUUUUUGUAGAAAAUCUGAAUCUGAUAGUCACAUAACUUGUUAAACAUAUAUUCAUUAAAAACUCUGAAUGUUGUCUAAACAUUGAUUUAGAAUCGAUCCAAGUGAUUACUCCAUAUUAAAGACAGGUUAUUCAAUUGUGCCUCUGGAUUUGAAGAAUAUGUCUUCCAAAGUUCUAAAUGCUUUACCUCAGAAGAAAUUCUAGAACAAACUAUAAAAUGUUUACUUUUAGCCUAUUGUAGCUUCAGUUCAAUUGAGUUUUUAUCCUGUGGUUUACCAUUGUCCAUUGUGUUUUGUAUCAUUCAUUACAGUCCUGCAACAUUUUGUCAGGUAAUUAGCAGGACAGUCUGUUGCUUUGGAUUAGGACACUAGGAGUUUUGGCAUAGGUUUUGGGUAGCUUCAUAUAAUUGAUUUUUCCACUAGCCUAUUCCAAGUGCCUUGCAAAGAUGCAUGGCUAAGAUUGGAGCAUGCCCUAUAGAUAUCAAAUAUGGACCUGUACUUUACAUUCAGUAUUUUAAAAAAAAAAGGCAAGAAAGUUUUUUUUUAUUUUGCUUUUAAAGAAAGUAUUUUAAUUUUGUGUAAUCGGGACAUUUUGUUCCAUAAGGUGAUGUUUUUGUUGCAGUCACAAUAUUGGCAUUUGUAUGGGCAUUAGUAUGAAUUGAUUAUGGUAUAUAGGUCAACCUUUGAAACCUCAAAAAACUCCUUCCAAAAGUCGAGGUCACCUUAUAUGCCAGGUAUAAAUGUUUGGAUUCUUCACUGAAAACUAUCUUCGUUUUUCAUUUAUUUUGCUGGAGGACCCAGUUUGGUUCGUCAUUUGUAGUCUACUCUCUGAGAGUGUGUUUUAAAUGCCCACACACUGACUCUUGGUAACAUGGUCCAUGCACUCACUUUUGAGGUGAGUAAGUAUGCAUUAUUGAAGGGAAAAUUGCAAGUACAGUACUUUGGAGAAAAGGGGAUUGACCUGUACACAGAGCAUAUGCCUAAAAAUGACCACAAGGUUGUUCCAUAUGCCAUGUCCUAUGAUACCUUAAAGGAAAGUUGAGGUCAUGUGUGUAUCAGUUCUCUAUAUUGGAAAUACCUGAUUAAUUUGAUCUAAUUUACUUGAGGCAAAUUUAUGGUUCAUUCUCAAUCACAAUAGUAAUUUAUCAACUAGAAGUUAGUUAGUUUCUAAUGUUAAAAUGUUCCUUUGGUACAGUGCACCUUAAUUAAAAU